UGUCCUUGGCUUGCAAAUGGUGGUUUUCUCCCCAUGUUCUCACAGGGCUCAAUCUCCUAACAGUCACAUCCUGAAGUACUGGGGGUUAGGAAUUCAACAUUUGAAAUUUGGAGGAAACACAAGCCCACAACACCAACUAUUUAUGCUAUUUACUUAGGGUAUAAGUUAACUUUUUUUUUUUAAAUUCAAGAGUGGGGCAGGUGGAGAGGGAGAGAAGGAGAGAGGGAAAGAGAGAGAGGUACAUACCCAAGGAGGUCUCUCUAUACUAUUUUUUUAGAUCAGUGGGCACCCUGUGCUCACUUACUAAGGCAGUCACUUUAGAGGUGGUUCGGGCAUUUAAAGUGCAUGCACCCUACUAAACUCAGAACCCCUGUAAAACAGAAGACCCCAGAGCUUUUCUGGUUGGAAUGGGAGUGGAGGUACAGACCCCUCCCUUCUAUCCUCACUGAGUCACCUCUGACAAGCACUGUGUAAAACUGUGGCCUGGAGGGUUCUAGGUGUCCAGGCCACUUCCAUCUAUUUCCCACAACUACACAAUUCACCCAAAUAUGAAAUGAGUGAGUAUAAUAUCGUCUGAUGAUCCUUAGUUUUGGAAACGAAAACUCUGUCACUAGGAUAUAGUCCAGUUUCACUGUGGAGUCCGGAUGAGUCUGGGAGCCAUGUAGACUGAUGUUUGCAUGACCCGCUUUAUUUUUCCACUUGGCUUUUUGGAGGUGGGCUUGUUAAUCGCCCUGCUCAGCUGUGGUACCCAAGAGAAGCUGAGAGGGGAGAGUUACAUAAGGCCUCCCUGCGACCUGUUUGCACACAGCAGCCUGGUAAACCGGGCAGAAUGACAGUGACAGCUGCCUUGCAGCAAACAGAGGGACUGAAGCGGUUCAGUUCCACAGCCCAGGGACAAGUAUAUCAUUACAGCCCUGCUGCCCAGAGGGAAACCAUCUGAACUCGCUGCCUGUCCCGUGGCCUCGGCGAGGCGCCUUGGACAUCUGACCCAGGCCCCCGCGAGCGUCCUCGGCCUGGCCUGCCUGGCCGCCUCCUGUUCUCGCCGCCACCUGCGCUCCCUGACUGCGACAGCCAGGCUUUCAGCUGGGGUAGGCCCCAUCCCAACCCUCGGGCAGCAGGGGAAGAGGGUGGAGAGGAAAGUAAUGGGGGCCAGGCAGUCGAGUGCCGGUUCCAAGGACAAAGGCCCCGGGGGGAUGGCGUGCCUGCGGAGGAGGCAGAAAUUGUCCCCAUGGGAUGAUGCCCUCCUCUCGGGAAAGGACCCCCGGUCCCUGCUGAAGCGGGGCAUGCGCCACAUCAGCUUCAGCCUGGUCACCAAGGGAAUGACAGACAUCCCCGACUUUCUGUGGGGCUUGUCCGAGGUCCAGAAGCUCAAUCUGUCUCACAACCAGCUGCGGGUCCUGCCGCCCGAGGUGGGGAGGCUGACCAGGCUGGUGGUGCUGAACCUGUGCGGGAACCACCUAAAGAGCCUGCCCCAGGAAAUCAGCCUCCUCAGGGGCCUGAAGGUGCUGUUCGCCAACAUGAACUGCCUGGCCGAGCUGCCGGCCGAGCUGGGCGCCUGCAGGGGCCUGGAAGUCCUGAGCCUGUCGCACAACCGCCUGUCGCAGCUGCCCGCCAGCCUCGCCGACCUCUCCAGGCUGAGGAAGCUGAACCUCAGCAACAACUGCUUUGCCCACAUCCCCAUCUGCGUGUUUGCGCUGAAGGAGCUGGAUUUCCUGCACGUGGGCUCCAAUCGCCUGGAAAACAUCGCCGAGAGCAUCCAGUGCCUGAGCAGCCUUCAGAUCUUCAUCGCGGAGAACAACAACAUCCACUCCUUCCCGCGGUCGCUCUGCCGGCUCGCCAGCCUCGAGCUGCUGAACCUCAAUGACAAUGACAUCCAGACCCUCCCCGAUGAGCUCUACCUGCUGUGCAGACUGCCGAGGAUUGCUUGGAAUCCCAUGGACAAAGGGCUCCACAUUUCCCACAACCCUUUAGCCAAGCCUCUGCCCGAGCUGGUGGAGGGGGGCCUGGAGAUGCUGGUCAGCUACCUGAAGGAAAAAAAACACAACUGACUGGCCGCCGGAGGCAGGAACAGUAGCCAGCCCACCGGGACUCUGCCAGCUGGGUACUUCUCUAGUCUAAACUUUCUCCUCUUACUGUUUGUUCUUUGGGUUGGUCAAGGCUCGUGUAAAUAUUUGCUAAAUCGUAGUUGAACACCAUUCUAGGCAGGGGUUUGUUUUAACUCUGUAUGUCCCCAGGAACCCCCAUAAUAUGUUCAUCUCAUUUUCAACAUAAAUUGAAACAGGACUUUGGUUUUUUCCAAAGAGAAAUGAUUGCUCUAGUUUUCCUGAGGAGCAGUGGGCUUUGACCCUUGGAAUAAUGGUCUGCAGGUCUGAUUCAAUGGGAUCCAAAAGUUA